AGUCGCAAAAUAAAAAUAAAAUAAAAUAAAAUAAUUAAAGACAAAUAAAGAAACCUCAGAGCAAGAGCGACAGGGGAGAGAGGUGGAACCAACAGUCCAGCGUUGAUCUCAGAAAACUCUUAUUCUCUUCCACCAUCUCCGUCUACUUUUUCUUCUUCUUCCUCCUCCUCCAGCUCCUUUCCACAAAACCCUAGAAUUUCCAAUUUCGCAAAGAUAUAAACACCGUAUAUAUUACAAAUUAUACAUUCUUAUACCAAAUUGUAUCAUACAUUCGGAUUCCCCUUGGUUCCAAGAUGUCUCUGAACAUGAAAACCCUAACUCAGGCCCUGGCCAAGACUGCUGCUGUCAUAGAGAAAACCGUACAGACGACGGUGCAGGAGGUCACCGGUCCCAAGGCCCUCCAGGACUACGAACUCCUCGAUCAGAUCGGUUCUGCUGGGCCCGGACUCGCCUGGAAACUAUAUUCGGCCAAGGCAGCGCGUGAAUCCUCGCGCGCCCACCAGUACCCGACCGUAUGCGUCUGGGUGCUGGACAAGAAGGCGCUCUCGGAGGCACGAGCGAGAGCGGGGCUGUCUAAGGCGGCAGAAGAUUCGUUUUUGGAGAUCAUUCGUGCUGAUGCGUCUCGGCUCGUAAGGUUGAGGCAUCCGGGUGUGGUCCACGUGGUGCAGGCGUUGGAUGAGAACAAGAAUGCUAUGGCAAUGGUGACUGAACCAUUGUCCUCAUCUGUGGCUAAUGCAGUUGGGAAUGUGGAGAAUAUCGCCAAGGUGCCUAAGGAGCUCAAGGGUAUGGAAAUGGGAUUGUUGGAGGUGAAGCAUGGUUUGCUCCAGAUAGCAGAAACCUUGGACUUUCUUCAUAAUAACGCGCGACUUAUACAUCGGGCCUUAUCACCUGAAAAUGUUCUUAUUACGUCAAGUGGAGCUUGGAAGCUUGGGGGAUUUGGUUUUGCAAUCUCAGUGGAUUCCAAUUCAGGCGAUAUGGCCAAUGUCCAAGCUUUCCAUUAUGCCGAAUAUGAUGUUGAGGAUUCUAUAUUGCCUCUUCAGCCAUCAUUGAAUUACGUUGCUCCUGAACUUGUUAGGAGCAAAGCGUCUUCAGUUGGAUGUUCUUCUGAUAUAUUCAGUUUUGGAUGCCUUGCCUACCACUUGAUUGCUCGCAAGUCUUUAUUUGAUUGCCACAACAAUGUCAAGAUGUACAUGAACACCUUAAAUUAUUUAUCCAGUGAAGCCUUCUCCUCUAUUCCACCGGAAUUGGUUCCUGACUUGCACAGGAUGAUCUCUACAAAUGAGUCUUUUAGGCCAACUGCAAUGGAUUUUACAGGUUCCUCUUUUUUCCGGGAUGAUACGAGGUUGCGUGCUCUUCGCUUCCUCGACCACAUGCUUGAAAGAGAUAACAUGCAGAAGUCUGAGUUCUUGAAAGCAUUAUCUGAUAUGUGGAAAGAUUUUGAUUCCCGUGUAUUGCGUUAUAAGGUGCUUCCACCACUUUGUGCAGAACUUAGGAAUUUGGUAAUGCAACCAAUGAUAUUGCCCAUGGUUCUUACAAUAGCAGAGUCCCAGGACAAAAAUGAUUUUGAGCUAUCUACUUUACCUGCUCUUGUCCCUGUCUUGAGUACUGCUGUGGGUGAGACACUUUUGCUGCUUGUAAAGCAUGCAGAACUUAUAAUAAACAAGACAAGUCUGGAGCACUUGAUAGCUCAUGUCCUGCCCAUGAUUGUUCGGGCUUAUGAUGAUAAUGAUGCUCGCAUUCAGGAGGAAGUUUUGAGAAAAUCUGUUGUCCUUGCUAAGCAAUUAGAUGUUCAGCUAGUGAAACAAGCAAUAUUGCCUCGUGUACAUGGCCUGGCUCUUAAGACAACUGUUGCUGCAGUAAGAGUCAAUGCAUUAUUAUGUUUGGGAGAAUUGGUUCACAGUCUUGAUAAACAUGCUGUUCUCGAUAUCCUACAAACAAUUAAUCGUUGUACUGCAGUUGACCGUUCUCCUCCUACCCUUAUGUGCACCCUUGGGGUUGCGAACUCAAUCCUUAAGCAGUAUGGAGUAGAAUUUGCUGCAGAGCAUGUCCUUCCACUGCUCACACCUCUUCUCACCUCCCAGCAACUAAACGUUCAGCAGUUUGCCAAAUAUAUGCUCUUUGUCAAGGAUAUCUUGAGGAAGAUAGAAGAAAAACGUGGAGUUACUGUUACAGAUUGUGGAGGCUCAGAGGUAAAACCAUCUGUUGCUGUCAAUGGGAUCCAGUCCCAUGCCUCAAGCAAAAUGAGCACUUCUACAACAAAGAGUAAUCCAGCAUGGGAUGAAGAUUGGGGUCUGAUUACAAAGCAACCUGCUGCUUCCCUCCAAAAUUCUUCGAACGAUAUUCCCAUUUUCACUCAACUUAGUCUUAGCAACCAACCUAUUCAAGUGACUUCUUCACAAUCACAAUCUUUGCCUAUACCUGGAGUAUCUAAUCAGCAAACAGCAGUAUCGUGCCCUCCAGUUGAUAUAGAAUGGCCUCCUCGGGCAUCUUCUGGAGCUCUGCCUCAAUUUGGUGAUGCUGAGAAGCAAUUUAACACAGGAUCAUCAUCUACUUCAACUUUUGAUGACAUAGAUCCUUUUGCUAACUGGCCCCCAAGGUCUAGUGGCUCAGCAAGUGGUGUUGGGACUUCAAACAAUGGCACAAUAGGAUUGUCUGCAACCAAAUAUGGGUCCAGCUCAAUCCCAAAUACAUCAAACAGUAUGAAUUUUCAAAGCUACAACAAUAGUAGUUGGGCCUUCGACACACAAAGUUCUAUACAGAAUCAAGGGAAUUCCUUGACAAGCGGUAGUUUGGGUAGUGGGAGUCUUAAUCCUCAGAGCUCCCUUGGGUUCUUGAAACAGAACCAGGGAACAGCGGCAUCUAGUAAUUACGAUGAUAAGAAACCAACGGACCUAGGAUCCAUAUUUGCUUCCAGCAAGAAUGAGCAGGGUGCACCUAGACUUGCUCCACCCCCAUCAACUACUGUGGGUAGAGGUCGAGGAAGAGGAAGGGGGACUUCUCGGUCUAGUCAAGUCAAACCACCAUCGUCUGAACAGCCACCACUUUUAGAUCUGCUAUAAUAUGUUGAUAGAGAAAAAGAAGAAACAAGAGAUAGUGGAGCAGUCCUUGUAGAGCUGCCAUUCCAUGCUUGCUUGGAGACAUUGUAAAAUAUAUUGGAGUAAACCACUCCAUAUUCUCAAGCUGAGACACUGCAACAGCUCUCGGGGAUGGUAAAGUUUUCUAAUGUAAUGAUUUGUUGCAUGUUUAUUCUAGCUUUUUGUGUUUUGGACCCAAACAAUUUUGCGUUUCAAUUGCUUAAGCUUCUGAGCUUCUUGUUAAUUUAGUACGGUUUUGGUUUUUGGUUUUCGAGUACAAAUUUAUAUUGUGAUUCUUCAAAACAGUCCCAGUUUUCAUUACUGGGUUUUGGAUCAAUAAAGGAAGUUGAAAGUUGUACAA